GGCGUCGCGCUGCCCCGGUGCGCCCUCGGCCGCAGCUCUUCCUCCUCCUCGUCCGCGCGGCGCUCCGAGCGCUGCCGACCCCGGCCCGAGCCCAGGCCCAGCUCCUCUGCUCCGGGGCGGGCUUCUCGCCGCCGCCUGCAGCGCAGACCUCAGCCUCUGAACAGCCCCUUCCAUGUGUUAAGGCCAGCUAGAACUUUCCUGUUUUCCCGCCUCUGUAGCCUUGCAUCGUCUCUCGAACAGACUGAAAGUCGCGCCCUGAGAAUAGUAGAGCUAAUACAAAGCCCCAAGUGCUUGCAUUUUUUUAACAAAAAUUUUGGGAUCCAAAAAAUCUGUUUCUGGGGGCUUCAAAGUAUCAGGAACUGACCUGGAAUCAAAGAUCCAAGUCCUGUUACUCUUAGCUACUACUAACAGUAACAACUAACAUGGAUACAGUUCCUAUCAUAUGCCUGGCCUCUUUCCAAAAACUUCGACCAUAUAACUUUCAGAACGUUGUGAUAAAGCAGACAUUGUUUUAAAUAAUAUACUUUCCAGGUUCAAAAGAGAGGUGUGCUGAGACAGAUUUCAGAUGAAAUAUCCUGUAGUGACUUGACCACUGGAAUCUGGAAAGGUUGGGACAGGAGAUGGAACAUCAGCCCACAGAAUAAAGGAAACUUCUUAGACUUUAGAGCAGUGGCUCUAAGUUUAGCAGCUCACUAAGAAGGUACUAUUUUGGAUACAAGGUCAAAACUCUGGAAGCUAAUCCUAUUCUUACACCUCACCCUGGGUCUGCUACUUUCUAGGAGUUUAGCAGCUUAGAGAAGGUGCUAGAGAACAUAAAGUGUGGCUCAUCACCCUCUAUGGGGGCAGCAUUGUGAUCUAACGUUAUUAGUCCCAUAUCUCAACUGAGAAAAUUUUGUGGCCCAUUGAAGUGGGUAGACUAAUUCCCCCUUUGCCCAAAUUUAUCUUCAUUUGGAACUUGAGCAUGACAUCAUUUAGAGAUGGAAGCUUUGUGGUGUUACCAGUUGAGCCUAUAUUCAGUUAAGGUGGGUGCUACAUUCAGUGUGGUUGACACCCUUGUAAGAAGGAGCAAUGCCAUGCAGGGAAAAAAUUUUAAGCUUUGGACAACACUGAUUAAGUAUCAUACAUUCCUGGCUUUUCAAAUACCUCUUUGCAGCACAGUUUAUCUGUGUGAAUCACGUUUAUUGGAUGCUGUCAUAUAAACAGACAUUUCCUGUCCCCACCGCCCAGUCCCAAAUAACUGACACGAGGCUAAAUAUGAAUUAUAAAUACUCGGAUGAUAGCUCAGGCUUGUUACUAGCUAACUCCUACAUUUUAAGUUAACCCAUAUUCUUUAUGCUCUGUCACGUGGUAGUACCUUCAUUAGCAUGGCACAUUCAUCUCCUGCUCCCUCUGCUUCUGGCUGGCAAUUCCUGACUCCACCCUUCUUCCCAUCAUCCCUAGUUUGGUUGCCCCGCCUAUACUUCCUGCCUGGCUACUGGCCAAUCAGUGUUUUAUUAAACCAAGUUGAGUGACAAAUCUUUACAAUGUGCAAGAGGAUUAUUUCACAGCACUGUCAUCUUUCAGUAGUUGUGGACUGGUUCCUCAGUCCACAGGUACUUCAGUUCCUCCACACAAUGAUAUGGUAUUUGUGGGUAAACUAUUCACAUCCUCUUUAAAUCACUACAACUUAGAUGGUGUACUGGAUGGUUUUGUGCAUCAACUUGACACAAACUAGAAUCAUCAGAGAGGAAGGAGCCUCAGCUGAGGAAGCGCCUCCAUGAGAUCCAGCUAAUGCGGAUUGUUGAUGAUGAUGUGGGCUGGGCAGCUAUCUCUACCACUAAGCUGGAAAAGGAGGAGGAAGAGGAUGGAGAUUUGCCUGUGGUGGCCGAGUUUGUGGAUGAGCGUCCAGAAGAGGUAAAGCAGAUGGAGGCCUUCCGCUCCAGUGCCAAAUGGAAGCUUCUGGGAGACCAUAGUGAAGAUGGACAUUUCCAUCAUGACACCCUGGAUCCAUCUCCUCCUAGGAGGGUUCGUCAUGACAGCCCAGAUCCAUCCUCUCCCAGGAGGACCCGUCACAAUACACCGGAUCCAUCUCCUCCCAGGAGGGCCCGUCAUGACACCCCGGAUCCAUCUCCUCCCAGGAGGGCCCGUCAUGACACCCCGGAUCCAUCUCCUCCCAGGAGGGCCCGUCAUGGCACCCCAGAUCCAUCUCCUCCUAGGAGGGCCCGUCACGGCACCCCAGAUCCAUCUCCUCCUAGGAGGGCCCGUCAUGAUACACCGGAUCCAUCUCCUCCUAGGAGGGCCCGUCAUGACUCAGAUGCUUCUCCCCCCAGGAAGUCUCAUCGUAAUUCUUCAGGUGUAUCUCCUAGGAGAGGUCAUCAUGGUUCCUCAGGUAUCUCUUCCCCCAGAAGGGCCCAUAACCACUUCCCUGACACAGCCCAACAUAGGAGGACUUUUGACGCUUCAGAACCACAGCAUCUCAGGAAGACCCGUCAUGACUCCCCUAAUUUGGAACUUCCCAGAACCAAAAGUAGUAAAGCUGCAGAAAGACCCCAGAGGGAGCUGGGACCCUCCCACCCAUCACUCUCCAAGGACAGCAAGUAUGGGCGUGACUCUGAUCUUUCCCCACGGAAGCGGCAAGCAAAAGCUCAUUUUGGAGCUAAGAAGCAGUUUGACCCCAAAGGUGUCUGCCACAAAGCCUCUGACUCAGAUCUGUCUCCUCCACGGCAAAAACAAAAUUCAAGACACCAGGAUUCUGACUCAGAUCUGUCACCACCACGGAAUAGACAGAGACGCCAGAGCUCUGACUCCGACCUCUCUCCACCCCGGAGAAGACAGAGGACCAAGUCUUCUGAUUCUGACCUCUCUCCUCCUCGAAGGAGUCCCCGUCCUGGGAAGAAGACUGCACACAUGUAUUCCGGAGCCAAAACUGGGUUGGUGACUGAUGUUCAGCGGGAGCAGCAGGAACUCAGGAAACAGGACCAAGACACCACAGCCCUUGGAGCUCAGUUUGAAUUUGCUGAAACUGUAUUUCGAGACAAGUCUGGUCGGAAGAGGAAUCUGAAACUGGAACGCCUGGAACAGAGGAGAAAAGCAGAGAAGGACUCAGAGCGAGAUGAGCUAUAUGCCCAGUGGGGGAAAGGGCUUGCCCAGAGCCGGCAACAGCAGCAGAAUGUAGAGGAUGCAAUGAAGGAGAUGCAGAAGCCUCUGGCCCGCUAUAUCGACGACGAAGAUCUGGAUCGGAUGCUGAGAGAACAAGAAAGAGAGGGGGACCCGAUGGCCAACUUCAUUAAGAAGAAUAAGGCCAAGGAGAACAAGCAUAAGAAAGUGAGGCCUCGCUACAGUGGUCCUGCACCUCCUCCCAAUAGAUUCAAUAUCUGGCCUGGAUACCGCUGGGAUGGAGUGGACAGAUCCAAUGGCUUUGAGCAGAAGCGCUUUGCCAGACUCGCCAGCAAGAAGGCUGUGGAGGAGCUGGCCUACAAGUGGAGUGUGGAGGACAUGUGAUUCUCCACGGCUGUGCGGUGCUGUGGCGGCAGUGGCGUAGGCUAGCCCGACAUCCAGCUCUAAUGGUCCAACUUGCUGCCAGUUCUGACCUUUGGACUAGGCACCUAACCUUGGCUGUGUCCAUGUUGUCUGUGGCUGGCUUUGACAGGACACGGUGACUUCUUUAUUCCAGGGUUUGUUCUAAGCCAGUGUUUCCUUUUUACUUUAAAAAAUAAACACAUAUUUAUUUUUUGUAAUUAUUUCCUAACUGAGUAUUCUACUUGGAAAAAUGAGCUUCUUGGGGUCUUAGAAGUAUUAGUGAUUGGUGUUUUCGUUAAUUUAGGAAGCUGUGUGAGUAAAAUCUUUAGGAGUGAUAAUCCUUCUGUGCAAAUCAGAAUUUAGUGUUAAAACAGGUUCAGGAAUACUGGAAUGUGUGUGGGAUAAGGUAGUGAGUGUUACAUGUUUGUGGGAAAGGUGUCUAGUGAAGCUCAGAAAAUUAGCUUAUUAUAUGUACAAAAAUGAAGUGGGAUCCAUGUCAAUCAAACCUAAAGCAAUUAAGGGCCCGGAUGAAGUGUAGUGCCGUGAAGCUAGAGCAUGGCUCCUAUGGGCGCCCCCAGCAAGUAAUAAAAUCUGGAAGGAGCAAGUGAUGGGUAGGAACAGCCUGAAGACAGCUCAAACCCCAAGCUGUGGUUGCUCUGACUGCUGCAUAAUGCAGGGUUCUCCCUGCAGCAGAGCUGGUCAUGUCGGAGGUAAAGAUGCCUGCAGAUUCCAAGCAAACACUGGCAGUCUCUAACAGUGAGUGCAUAACAAAUGAUGCAUACAUGAAGGAUUGACCAUAUGAGAGAACUCUUCAGCUCAGGAAGGAAAAGACAGCUCUGAAAACAGGAGGAAAAUUGAUAAAACUAGAUAGCUAGUCAGUGGAUUGCCUCACUCCCAGUUAACUAAAUACAAAUUACACCAUUUUCUACUCUGCAGCUGUUAGGGUGGCCGAAACAGCCCUUGUGGUGAGUGAAGACUCAAUGUCAGCAGCUGUUGGUUGAGGGAUGCGGAUGGGCAGCACAUAGGGGAAGGAAGACUGGGAAGCAGUACUGUGUUGUCUUUUAAGGGUGGGCAGUGGUGCUGUACUGCUGGAAGCUGACUCUGGGCUGUGUCCUUUGCUAGCAGUGUGACCUGUGAGCUGCUUAACCCCUGUGCUUCGCUUCUGUGAUUAGAGAGAAGAGUACCUACCUCGUGGGUUUGCUGUGUGUUUACAAGUGCCUGCAUAUAGUGAAUGUCAGCAUCAUUGUCUUGAUUAGCAUCAAGUGCAGUAGCCAGCUUCUAUGGUGGCUCUUUUGGUCCCUGCUCUCUGGUAUUCAAGCCCUUGGGUAGUCCCCUCCCAGAGUAAACAGGGCUAGUUUGUGUCUCCAAUAGGAUGUGUCAGAACCAUGCGACUUCUGAAAGUUCCUAAAAGACAUGGAUGCACUGCCCUCUCGGAUGGCUUGGUGUGAAGAAAGGAUCUCCCUGUGGACACUGCAGCAGCCCUCCAGGGGCCAUGUGAACACAGGCCUUCCCCAGGCCAGCAGCAAGUGGAAGCCACCCAGGCAGGCCUUAGGUGCAGCCCUCCUCUAUAACUUGACCCAGGCCUGCAAGGGCAGAGCCACCAGUUAAAGCUCUGGGACUUAAGCUGUGAGGAUAGAUGUUUCAUGUUUUCUGAAAAGCGUGUAGCUUAUUGAGAUGAAUUACACAGGGUAUGGUCUUUUCAGUGUAGAAUCAAUUUGUUUUAACACAUCAUGGAGCUGGGCAGCCAUCAGCACAAUGAAUUUGCAAGUAGUGUUAUCUUGUGGAUACUGGCAACGUGUCCAUUCCUGGUCACUCGUCACUUCCCUGUCUACCUCUGCCCUGGAUAACUCCUGGCCUGCUUCUCACCUCCCAGGAUAUGCUACUUUGACAUUGAUGUGAUGUGAGUACAACUGUCCUCUAACGUGGCUUUUUGUGUCUGGCUGCUUUCAUGUCACAUGUUUCCACGUUCUAUCUGUGUUGUGACAUCCCUUUCUCUCUUUUGACUGACUAUUUCUGUGUGUGUUUAUCACACACAUUUUAAUGAUGAUUUGAUGGUUACAAAAUGUUUCCAUUUUUGAUUGUUAUAAAUACUGCUGCUAUGAAUCAA